AUGUCCGGCCACAAAGGCGCCUACGAAACCAACGCCACCGACACCGAUUUCCGCAAAAAGUACGACCGCGCCGAAUACGCUCAGAAAGCUGCAGAGCGCGAAGCGAAAGAGAAGGAAGAAGGCAAAGCGCGGUAUGAGGCUAAGCUUGCGGGAAAGAAAUACUACAAACCCCUCGAGGGAAAUGAAAGUCUCACAACCGCGCGCGCAAGUCGGUUAGACGUCAGUCAGAAUGUAGGCAAAGUAAUGCUGAUGCCCGCCGGGGCAGCGACGGGAAAGAGAGGGAGAGGCGCGGGUUUUUGGUGUGAGGCGUGUGAUCUUACUUUCAAGGAUAAUUUACAGUGGGUGGAACAUGAGAAUAGCAUGCAGCAUUUGAGGAAUAUUGGACAGACGGGGGAGGUUAAGAGGGCGGGGGUUGAUGAUGUGAGGGCUAGGAUCGAAGCGCUGUGGGAGGCGAUGGAGGAGGAGAAGAGACAGGAUAAGAAGACGCUUGGGGAGAGGUUGGAGGUUAGGGCGGUGGAGGAGGAGAAGCAGAGGGAGGAACGGAGGAGAAAGAGGAGGGAAUUGGUGGAAAGGAAGAAGGCGGGCAAGAUUAAGGUUGAGGAGGAUGUUAAGGCUUAUGGGGACGAUGUUAGGGUUGAGGGAGAACAUGAUGUUGAUGAUAUGGCUGCCUUGAUGGGGUUUGGGGGUUUUGGAGGUUCGAAGAAAUGA